GGGCUGAGGGCGGAGCGUAUCGAGGCCCCGCCCUCAGGUGGAAGUCAAGCUAGGCGGGCGGAUUCAGCCGCAGUCUUUUCAGUUCCCCGGACGCGGCCGGAGGCGUAAAGGCCGGCUCCAGUGGACGAUGCCGCUGUGCGCCCAGGAUGUUGUCGCGUUUGCUCCCACUCCUCGUCACGAUCUCCAGCCUGAGCCUGGAAUUCAGCGCACACGGGACAGAACUGCCGAACCCUUCCUAUGUGGGGUUUGAAGCCAGAUUUUUCCAGCACAUCCUCCGCUGGACGCCUAUCCCAAACCAGUCUGAGAGCACCUACUACGAAGUGGCCCUCAAAAAGUACGGAACCUCGACCUGGAAAGAUAUCCACAUCUGUAGAGAGGCUCAGGCGUUGUCCUGCGAUCUCACAACAUUCACCCUGGAUCUGUACCAUAGCUAUGGCUACAGGGCCAGAGUCCGGGCAGUGGACAGCAAUCGGUACUCCAACUGGACCAUCACUAAGACUCGCUUCACUGUGGACGAAGUGAUUCUGACGGUGGGUAGCGUGACUCUGAAAGUAACCAACGGCAUCAUCUACGGGACAAUCCAUCCCCCCAGACCCACGAUAGCCCCUGCAGGGGACGAGUACGAACAGAUCUUCAAGAAUCACCGCACUUACAGAGUUUUCAUCCGGAAGUUCUCGGGACAAAAGAAUACAACUGAGACAGUGGAACAGGAAAACUUUGCCCUCAAAGUCCCCAGAGGGAUGAGAAAUUUUUGUGUCAAGGUGCUGCCCUACGUGAAAACUCGAAAUAACAAGGCAGAGUGGUCGGAGGAGCAGUGUUUACAUAUCACGCUGGAGCAGUAUUUCACAGUGACCAACCUCAGCAUCUUAUUCAUAUCUAUCCUGCUAUUCAGUGGAGUCCUGGUCUGCCUGGUUUUCCUGUGGUACAUCCGGCGCCCUGGGAAAUUGCCUGCAGUCCUGGUCUUCCAGAAGCCCCACAACUUCCUCCUGGCCAACCCUCUCUCCCCAGAAACUCCUGAUGCCAUUCAUACCCUGGACCUGGAGGCCUUCCCGAAGGUGUCACCAGAGCUCAGAGACUCAGACCUGCAUGGCAGCACUGACAGUGGCUUUGGCAGUGGUAAACCAUCACUUCAGACUGAAGAGUCGCAGUUCCCCCUCCCUGGCUCCCACCCCCAGAUACAGGGGACUCCAGAGCUACGGGACACCUGUGGUAACAACACGGACAGUGGGAUUUGCUUGCAGGAACCCAGUUCACACUCCAGCAUGGGGCCCUCCUGGAAGCAGCAGCUUGGAUAUACACAUCAGGACCAGGAUGACAGUGAUGUUAACCUAGUCCAGGACUCUCCGAGGCAGCCUGAAUACAGACAGGAUGUCUCUGCCUUGGGCCAUGCCUGUCUCCUAGAGCCUAAAGUCCCUGAGGAGAAAGACCAAGUUGUGGUGACAUUCCAGGGCUACCAGAAACAGACCAGAUGGAAAGAAGAGGCAGCAGACCCAGCAGAACGCUUGGAUGAAGAGAUUCCCUUGACAGAUGCCUUUGAUCCUGAACUCGGGGUGCACCUAGAGGAUGAUUUAGCUUGGCCUCCACCAGCUCUGGCCACGGGUUAUUUGAAACAGGAGUCUCAAGGGAUGGCCUCUGCUCCACCAGGGACACCAAGCAAACAGUGGAACCAUCUGGCCGAAGGGUGGUCACUCCUGGGUGUGGUUAGCUGUGAAGACCUAAGCUUAGAAAGUUGGAGUUUAUCCCAUAAACUUGCUCCUCUGGACUGUGGGGCAACCCCUGGUGACCUCCUGGAUAGCCUUGGCUCUAACCUGGUCACCCUGCCAUUGAUCUCCAGCCUGCACGUAGAAGAAUGACAGGGGCUAAGGGUUCUUCGUAUUCCAGCCAUGCCUGCUCCCCUCUUUGCACCUGGGAGGCUCAGAAGUCAAAGAAAUACAUGGGUCCUUUUCUGCAGACCCACUGUGGCUGGCAAGCCAGGCACCACAGAGCAGGAAAAAGCCAUCUUGCUGCUGGCAUGUCCGGUAUGUGAGAGGUUGUGGCUAGUCUGCUGAGUGAGGCCCUGUAGACACCCGCAGAGCUGAGCAGGGUUGACAGAGACCUCCUCAUGCCUCAGGGCUGGGUCCUGUGCUGGAGGGACCUGUGUUUAGGUGGAACCUUAGGGCUUUCUGGAUGCGGUAAGACUGCAGGUCUGAAGUCAGAUCAGCCUGGAUGUCUGCUGAGGUGUUGAAGUGGCUAGCCUGAUGCAGGGUAGAGGGAGGAGGGCUCAAGAGAUAAAGGAAAGAGCAGGAGCCAGAUUUAAUUUUGUCGUGUAGAGAUUGUCCCCAGCUAGGAUAGGUUACUUGUCGCUGGAAGAUCUUGGGGUAUACACCUCCCUGAAUGAUCAGCCAGUCAAUUCAGAACUGUAGGGCAAAAGGGACUGAGACCCAGAAUUUUUGAUCCUCUUGUGAGGCGUCUCUGUUAGCCAUCUGUAGACAUCUUCAUUUUUUUUUAAAUAUGGCUGUGUCCCCUGAAUUACCUGCAGUGACCGAGCCAUUGCUCCCUGCGUCUCACUAUUGUGAUGUCAGACCAGACCCCCCCCCCCAAAAAAAAAUGGCUGUCUGUGUUAGCACACUACCUUUUAGGUGGCCUUUGGGCUUGAGCACUGGCCCAGGCUUAGGACUUAUGUCUGCGUUUGCUGCUAAUUUCUAACUACAGACCCAGAGAGCAGGGUGCUGGGCUGACACCUCUGUGUUCAGCUGUGUGACCUUGGACCAGCAGUUUAAUCAGGGGACUUAAAUAAUGACUAGAUCAUACAGAAGUCCCUCAUGCUGAAUGUUAACCAAGUUGGCCCUGGGGUGAUAGUUUAGGUCUUACCAACCUCUGGGUUGGAAGGAAGGGGACUACAGAAAUCCAUCUGCCCAUGGGGAGCUUCUGCCUCAUGCGAGUGUGUCAGAGAUCUGUGGAAGCCUAGCGGGGCCUUGUGCCAAGAUAGCUGCUAAUCACUAGGGUCAGGGCUGGUUCCUGCCUUCCUAUACUGCGUUUGAGGCCUGUCUUCAAACAGAGGCAGUUUGCAGCCCCCCAAGCAAGGAUGCUGAGAGAAGUAACAGGGCCACUGAUCCCCGAGCCCAGAGUUUCUCUUUGUAAAUACAGACUGUGUGACCCAGUGAGGCCAGUCAUGAGCUUUGGCAUCCUGCCAAGAAGGUCGUGACCUUAGUCUGGUACCAGAGCUCCCUCUGGAACUGGGAGAGCUCUUUGAGAUCUCCCUCAGAACCUUUAUUUAUUUAUUUGCUCACUUAUUUAUUUGAGGAGGCAGCGUGGCACAGGCGUAGGACUCUAGGUCUCUCAGGAGGUCUGGUUUUGCCUGCACUGUUUCUAGCUGUGUGACCUUGGGCAAGUCACGUUUUCCUCGUGGGGCCUCAGUUUUCCUGUCUGUAUGUAAAACUUGAAAAUUGAAAUGUACCUGACAUACUCAAUCCCUAGGAGUGUUGAGUCCCACUGAGAAAGUGGACAUGGAUGUGAUGUGCCUCAAACAGAACAAGAAGUGUGUGUUUUCAUCCCAAUAAAAAGUCAGGUGUCCGUGGAAGCGAUUGGAUUUCUCAUGAUGACUGGGAGUGAUGGAUGGUGGAUGUAAACGAGACAUGGGCCCCAGACUCAGCUUAAACGUGAAUGGUGGCUUUGGGAAAGGCACAUAUUCUCUCACAGUUUCUGAUUCACAGUUUCAUGGUGACUUGGAAUGACCGUUGUCAUGGUGAUGUCAUGAGGUUGACAUGAGAUCUUGGAUGAAGAGCUCAGUGUGGUGCCCUGCAACUGGCAUUCCAGGUGUAAACAGCUGUCAAGGGCUGUUAGAGCUGGAAAGGGAAAUAGGCUUUCUCUUAGGACAGGUAAAAAUGAGAGAGGUGCCCAGGGUGUUCUUUCAGAAGACUAAACAAUAAAAGGUGCAGCC